AUGUGGUGGCUGUGGUUGUGGCACUUGGCCGCUAUCUGUGACGCUUUCCACUUUCCUGGACUGGCUCCAAUCAUGUACUGUGAGGAAGACCAACCUAAUUCUCACUGCAAGUCUUCAAUACAAGUAUAUUCUGAUAAACUGUACUCGGUGGAAAUGGUGAAUACCCAUUACUAUGAUAGCUUUGACUUCUGUCAAGAUUCAUUGAAGAAAGCACCUUCUGACACUCUUGGACAAAUCCUCUCUGGAGAACGAGUAACAUCAUGUCCCUACAAGUUUUCUUUUAAGAAAGAAGAAACGUGUAGAAAAGUCUGUGCAAAAUUUUAUGCUCCAAGAAAUAAAAAUUCAAUGAACAAGCUGGCCUUUUUGAAGAAAGGAAUAAAAGAGAAUUACUAUCAUUACUGGCUUGUUGAUAACACACUAGUAGUGUGGUGUUAUGACAAGGAAGAUGGAGAACAUUAUUGCACAUCAGGAUUUCCAAUAGGAUGUUUUAAUAGCCCAGGUAGCCAACUGAAAGGCCCUUGCAUGAUUAAUCCUAACUUCAACAAAAAUAAUAGUCUGUACCUGUUCAAUCAUGUUGACAUCACUAUUACGUAUCAUAUAAAAAGGGACAGAACCAACAAUGUUAUGCAUUUGAUUAGUUCCACAGUUAAUCCCAAAAGCUAUAAACAUUCAGAUGAAGACCAUCUAACUUGCAAUGAGCCCCCUUUGGAAAUUCCAGAAGAAAUUACAGAUAAUUUAACUGUGGUCUACACGUAUUCUGUGAAAUUUGAGGAAAGCAAACCUACAGAGUCAUCUUCUGAAUGGGAAAAUGAUUUGGACACUACAGUUGAGACCAGUCGUCAGUGGAUUAAAGUCAUAAACUCCUUUUUUCUGAUACUUUUCUUGUGUGGACUGGUGGUCUUCCUCAACUUAAAGAGGAUCUACAGAGAUAUUGUCAAAUAUAAGCGUACAAAUAUUUCUGUAUUUGAAUGGUGGCAGUUUGAAUGGACCUGGAAUCAUAAGUAUGUUUUCAGGCUCCCAGAGCAUGGAAUGUUGCUGUCAGUCUUUCUCGGUCAAGGAACACGCAUUUUCAUAAUGACUUUUUGUUGUUUAUUUCUGGCCGGCCUUGGUUUUCUUACACCUGCUGAUCAACAUGUUUUAGUGAAUUAUGGUUCUGCCCUGUGGCUCUUAUUGGAAAUCCCUGCUGGAUAUAUGUCUGCCAAAAUGUACAAGACAUUUAAAGGUGUGAACUGGAAGAUGCAUUUUUGGCUGACAGCAUUUUUAUUUCCUGGAAUUGUCUUCGCUGAUAUCUUCAUUAUGAAUGCAGUUCUUUGGAUGGAAGGUUCAUUAUCUGCUGUCUCCUUUUGUACAUUGACAAGGAUCUUUGCAUUGUUUUUGGGAAUGUCAACACCAUUAACACUUUUGGGACAGCACUAUGGAAAAAAGGAAAAGUAUGAAUUUCCAUUCCACACACAAGAGAGUUUUCCACUGAGUCACAACAGGAGGUCCUCUACAAAACGAACCAUUACUUUUAUACUUGGUAGUCUUUUACCCUUUUGCUGUGUUUUUCUGCAACUUUCUUACAUUCUAAAUCAUAUUUGGUCUCCUCAUAUGUACUACCUAUUUGGCUUGCUUUUCUUAAUCUUUUUGAUUCUCGUGAUUUCUUGUUCAGAAGUUACAGCUCUGUUCUGCUAUUUUCGGCUGUAUGCUGAGGACUGUGGUUGGUGGUGGAGAGCGUUUUUGACCAGCAGUUUUACAUCUGCUUAUAUUUUCACAUAUACACUUCAUUACUUUUUUACCAAAGUUCCAGCUGCUGGCAUUGGAAGUACCUGUAUGUACUUUGGCUACACACUGAUUUUAGUGCUAGUUUCCUUCCUUUUCACAGGGACAAUUGGAUUUUUUUCAUGCUUCUUCUUUAUUACUACAAUCUACAAGAUGGUCAAAGUGGACUAA